AUGGAUCCAUAUCAAGGAGGUCGCGGCACAUAUCCACCACGUGGAGGACGUGGUGGUGGUCAUGGAGGAUAUCCACAAGAUCCCUAUGCAGCUCACGCCGCUGCUUAUGGUGCAGGCUACGAUCCGUACAAUCCGUAUGGAGCUCAAGGUGGUUACGGAAUGUACCCAGGAGGCGGAGGUUACCCACCACAAGAGAUCUCAUCACCACUGGAUGCCGAGAUCCAGGCGGUUUUGGGUGAAAUACACCGCGAAGUGGGCUCACUAGAAGUAUCAGGUGAUCAGUUCCGGAACGCGAAACGUCUGCUGAAAGGAGAAAUGGAAAAACUGGAGAACAACAUUGAUCCAGAAUGGCUUGAGGUUGACAUUGCCAAACCAGUGAAAGUAUGCAAGAAGAUUCUCAUUCCAAUCUAUCGUCACCCAAAUUUCAACUUCAUCGGAAAAGUUCUCGGACCAAAAGGAGCGACUCUUCAAACAUUAUGCAAGACUCACAAAUGUCACAUCUACAUUCUCGGUCGUGGCUCAACAAAGGAUCGUGAGAAGGAAGCUGAGCUCUUGGCGUCCGGAGACCCACAACACGCCCAUUUCAGUGGACCACUUCACGUUAAAGUGGAGACUGUUGCACCAGCUUAUAUCGCCUAUGCUCGUGUUGCUGCUGUUAUAGAAGAAUUGUCGCGGAUUCUGCAGCCGAUCCACGAAGAUACCACUCCAGCUCACUUGAAAGUAAACGGGUCAGGGGAAGGCGAAGAGGGCAAGACUGAGGAUGACGAGAAGAAGGAAGGAGAAGAGGGAUCUGGAAGAGGUGGACGCGGAGGUCGUGGUGGAUUCAGAGGGGGUUUCCGUGGAGGUCGUGGAGGAUUUGAAGGACGAGGACGUGGAAUGGGAAGAGGACGAGGUGGACAUCCGGCAGGACCCUAUUUCUCCGGCUGGUCUCACUACUUUCACACAGCUGAAAUUAUGCUUGAAUAUCGUACUUUUCUAGUUUACUAUCAACUGGAAGCUGACGAGCUAGCAGAACCCAUAAGUGUGCAGUUCCCUGGGCACAUUUGGCAACAUCGAGACAUUUUUAUGGCUGAGCUAGAAUUGAAGAUACCUGAAGUUUCUGAAAACUUCAAAAUAAAAUAUAACGAUGUAGAUGGUGCUAUUUUGAAAGUUCGGGGAGCGGAUGAUUUUGAAAAAUUCAUUAAAAGGCUUGAAAACACAACAGAAGACGAAGAAAUUAUUCUUAUUCUGGAGAGGGUUCAAUCUAGAAAACCGUCAUCCGCGAACUCUGAAAAUCAUCAUCGAAUUUUUCCUUCUGAACUUCAACGUGGAAAAUAUGUGGGAAAUGGGGUUCAUGGCUCAGUUAUAAUGGCUCGACAUGAGAAAUCAGAUAAAUGGUAUGUGAUCAAGACGAUUCUAUCACAAAACAAUGACAAAAAGGAGUAUGAGAAGGAGAUUGUUGCCUAUGAAGAGUGCUCUAAAUCAGCAUACGUUGUCGGCUAUUAUGGAUGUGAAGUGAGCUCAACGAAAAAAGAGCUGGUGCUUGAGUACAUGAACCGUGGAGAUUUCCGUCAAUUCGGUGCUCUUCCAUUCCCUGUUCAUCAAAGUGUUACGUUAUCACUGAUACGAGCGAUACGUCAUGUGUGGAACAGUGGACCCGGGUACAUCCACAGGGAUAUCAAGCCUGAAAAUAUCCUAGUCAAUUCACAAGGAGAUGUGAAGAUUUGUGAUUUUGGUGCGGCCAAAAGGAUCGACAACACGUAUCGAAUCGCUUCUUCAGCGGCCGGAACCCAAUGGUAUCAGGCACCUGAGCAACUAAUGGGUCAGGAUUAUAGGUUAGAAAAUACCAUUUUAGAAGUAUUUUUUUUAAUUUUCAGUGAAAAAGUCGACAUUUGGGGUUUUGGAUUAACGCUGUGGGAGCUGGCGAUGGGACCGAUCCAUGAAGAAUACUUGAAUGGAUUUUCAUCUUAUGAAGAGAUCACAGUGGAUCCGAUUGAUGGUUAUCCGGAGUCUUUAGCGGAACUUAUCACUAAUUGUCUCCGAAUACGUCCAUCAACUCGUUGGAACCCGGACGAAAUCGAGCGUUGCGCCUAUCUCCGAGAUCUUCCAGAACCUGAUAAUCAAUGUGUCUCAAACUUUGUGAAUAAACAUUAUCAACGGUAG